CUCAUCUUGGUCACUCAUCUUGCUCCGCUCCUAUAAAAAGGCCUCCAUCCCAUCCCAUUAGCAUCACACAGAUAGCCCGGCCAAGCUUGACGAGCUCGUCCCAAACAAGUAGAGUAACUCGCCACUGAUCCUUGCAAAAGAGAAACAACCAUGAAGCCCCAGGUGCUGCUCGUCGCGGUGGCCGUCCUCGCAGCUCUGCCCCUCGCCGAAAGCAAAGGGCACGGGAUCGGGGAGGGCGCGGAGGCCGCGACGGCGAGCGCGUGGCCGUGCUGCAACACCUGCGGCUCGUGCACCAGGUCCCUCCCGCCGCGGUGCGUGUGCGCGGACGAGGCGCCCGGCGGGUGCCACCCGGCGUGCAGGAACUGCGUCAAGUCCACCGCCGGCGGCAGCGACGUCUUCCGCUGCGCCGACCGCAUCACCAACUUCUGCAAGCGCAGCUGCAAGCCGGCCGCGUGAUUGGUUGGACGCCGGGAUCCUGCUCUGCUGUCACCUGAAUAAUGCCGGCAGCUGCCGAUCGAUUAGCUCCGGCCUGCCUUUGGUUUCAGUCUUCCAGUGUUCCCUCUGCAUCCUGCUCUGAAUGGGGAGAAAAAAUCAGUGCUGUCGUUGUUGUUGUAUUUUCCUAAGGUCUGGUGCUCUGGUCAUGGACUCAUGGAUUUCAUACUGUUUCUGGAAUAAAGACCCAUAAGGACCCGUAUUCCACGCACAAA